CCGGGCCGGCACCACCGCGGCGUCCCUCCGCUAGAGGAGGGACUAAGCCAAUUCUCCUUUGCAGCAAAAAAUUGCAUGUAUAUAUUACUAAGCUAAUAUAUACAUCGGAUUUUAUUUUUUUAAAAGUUUAUUUUGCUCCAUUUUUGAAAAAGAGUGUGUGGGUGGAGAGCGGCUUUUAUAAAUUAUCCUUAUUUUCUGUCAUUUGUCCCUGUCCCUCCCCACCCCCUGCUGAAGCGAGGAUAAGGGCAGGGACCGCGGCUCCUACCUAGCAGUAACCCCCUCAGCCCAUUCCCCCCUCCCCCCGCCCUAACGCCCAGCGCAGUGCCCUGCACACAGUAGGCGCUCAAUAAAUGUUCGUGGAUGAUGAUGAUAAUGAUGAUGAAAAAAAUGCAGCAUCAACGGCAGCAGCAAGCGGACCACGCGAACGAGGCAAACUAUGCAAGAGGCACCAGAUUCCCUCUUUCUGGUGAAGGACCAACUUCUCAGCCAAAUAGCUCCAAGCAAACUGUCCUGUCUUGGCAAGCUGCAAUCGAUGCUGCUAGACAGGCCAAGGCUGCCCAAACUAUGAGCACCUCCGUGCCCCCACCUGUAGGAUCUCUCUCCCAAAGAAAACGUCAGCAAUACGCCAAGAGCAAAAAACAGGGUAACUCGUCCAACAGCCGACCUGCCCGCGCCCUUUUCUGUUUAUCACUCAAUAACCCCAUCCGAAGAGCCUGCAUUAGUAUAGUGGAAUGGAAACCCUUUGACAUAUUUAUAUUAUUGGCUAUUUUUGCCAAUUGUGUGGCCUUAGCUAUUUACAUCCCAUUCCCUGAAGAUGAUUCUAAUUCAACAAAUCAUAACUUGGAAAAAGUAGAAUAUGCCUUCUUGAUUAUUUUUACAGUCGAGACAUUUUUGAAGAUUAUAGCAUAUGGAUUAUUGCUACACCCAAAUGCUUAUGUUAGGAAUGGAUGGAAUUUACUGGAUUUUGUUAUAGUAAUAGUAGGAUUGUUUAGUGUAAUUUUGGAACAAUUAACCAAAGAAACAGAAGGCGGGAACCACUCUAGCGGCAAAUCAGGAGGCUUUGAUGUCAAAGCCCUCCGUGCCUUCCGAGUGUUACGACCACUUCGACUAGUAUCAGGAGUGCCCAGUUUACAAGUUGUCCUGAACUCCAUUAUAAAAGCCAUGGUUCCCCUCCUUCACAUAGCCCUUUUGGUAUUAUUUGUAAUCAUAAUCUAUGCUAUUAUAGGAUUGGAACUUUUUAUUGGAAAAAUGCACAAAACAUGUUUUUUCACUGAUUCAGAUAUCGUAGCUGAAGAGGACCCAGCUCCUUGUGCGUUCUCAGGGAAUGGACGCCAGUGUACUGCCAAUGGCACAGAGUGUAGGAGUGGCUGGGCUGGCCCGAAUGGAGGCAUCACCAACUUCGACAACUUCGCCUUCGCCAUGCUCACUGUGUUCCAGUGUAUCACCAUGGAGGGCUGGACAGAUGUGCUCUACUGGGUAAAUGAUGCGAUAGGAUGGGAAUGGCCAUGGGUGUAUUUUGUUAGUCUGAUCAUCCUUGGCUCAUUUUUCGUCCUUAACCUGGUUCUCGGUGUCCUUAGUGGUGAGUUCUCAAAGGAAAGAGAGAAGGCUAAAGCACGGGGAGACUUCCAGAAGCUACGGGAGAAGCAGCAGCUGGAAGAAGAUCUCAAGGGCUACUUGGAUUGGAUCACUCAGGCAGAAGACAUUGACCCUGAGAACGAGGAGGAGGGCGGAGAAGAAGGCAAACGCAAUACUAGCAUGCCCACCAGUGAGACUGAAUCUGUGAACACGGAGAACGUGAGUGGCGAAGGCGAGACCAAGGGCUGCUGCAGAAGUCUCUGGUGCUGGUGGAAGAGAAGAGGCGCGGCCAAGACGGGGCCCUCGGGGUGUCGGCGGUGGGGUCAAGCCAUCUCAAAAUCCAAACUCAGCCGACGCUGGCGUCGCUGGAACCGAUUCAGCCGUAGGAGAUGCAGGGCUGCUGUGAAGUCGGUCACGUUUUACUGGCUGGUUAUUGUCCUGGUGUUCCUCAACACAUUAACCAUUUCCUCUGAGCACUACAAUCAGCCCGACUGGUUGACGCAGAUUCAAGAUAUUGCCAACAAAGUCCUCCUGGCCCUGUUCACCUGUGAGAUGCUGAUAAAAAUGUACAGCUUGGGUCUCCAGGCGUAUUUCGUGUCCCUUUUCAAUCGGUUUGACUGCUUUGUGGUAUGCGGCGGGAUCACCGAGACCAUUUUAGUGGAACUGGAGAUCAUGUCUCCGCUGGGCAUUUCUGUGUUCCGCUGUGUACGCCUCUUGCGAAUCUUCAAAGUGACCAGGCACUGGGCUUCUCUGAGCAACUUGGUGGCGUCCUUGUUAAACUCCAUGAAGUCUAUUGCUUCCCUCCUGCUUUUGCUUUUUCUCUUCAUUAUCAUCUUUUCCUUGCUUGGGAUGCAGCUGUUUGGUGGCAAGUUUAAUUUCGAUGAGACACAAACCAAGCGAAGUACCUUCGACAACUUUCCUCAAGCACUCCUGACGGUGUUCCAGAUCCUGACAGGUGAAGACUGGAACGCUGUGAUGUACGAUGGCAUCAUGGCAUAUGGAGGCCCGUCCUCUUCAGGGAUGAUCGUCUGCAUCUACUUCAUCAUUCUCUUCAUUUGUGGUAACUAUAUCCUACUAAAUGUCUUCUUGGCCAUUGCUGUUGACAACUUGGCUGAUGCUGAAAGUUUGAACACUGCCCAAAAAGAGGAAGCUGAAGAAAAAGAGAGGAAAAAGAUUGCCAGAAAAGAGAGCCUAGAAAAUAAAAAGAACAACAAACCAGAGGUCAACCAAAUAGCCAACAGUGACAACAAGGUUACAAUUGAUGAUUAUCGAGAGGAGGAGGAAGAUAAGGACCCUUAUCCACCGAUCCGCGUUGGCUGCCACAAGCUCAUCAACCACCACAUCUUCACCAACCUCAUCCUCGUCUUCAUCAUGCUGAGCAGCGCCGCCCUGGCCGCGGAGGACCCCAUCCGCAGCCACUCCUUCCGGAACACUAUACUGGGGUACUUUGACUAUGCUUUCACAGCCAUCUUUACUGUUGAAAUCCUGUUAAAGAUGACGACUUUUGGAGCUUUCCUGCACAAGGGGGCUUUCUGCAGGAACUACUUCAAUUUGCUGGACAUGCUGGUUGUUGGUGUGUCUCUGGUGUCAUUUGGAAUUCAAUCCAGUGCCAUCUCUGUUGUGAAGAUCCUGAGGGUCCUGAGGGUCCUGAGGCCCCUUAGAGCCAUCAACAGAGCCAAAGGACUUAAGCACGUUGUCCAGUGCGUCUUUGUGGCCAUCCGGACAAUCGGCAACAUCAUGAUCGUCACCACCCUCCUCCAGUUCAUGUUCGCCUGCAUUGGGGUGCAGUUGUUCAAGGGGAAGUUCUAUCGCUGCACCGAUGAAGCCAAAAGUAACCCUGAAGAGUGCAGGGGGCUUUUCAUCCUCUACAAGGACGGGGAUGUCGACAGCCCCGUGGUCCGUGAAAGGAUCUGGCAAAACAGUGAUUUCAACUUUGACAAUGUGCUUUCUGCUAUGAUGGCGCUCUUCACGGUCUCCACUUUUGAGGGCUGGCCUGCGUUGCUAUAUAAAGCCAUCGACUCGAACGGAGAGAACAUCGGCCCCGUCUACAACUACCGCGUGGAGAUCUCCAUCUUCUUUAUCAUCUACAUCAUCAUUGUUGCUUUCUUUAUGAUGAACAUCUUCGUGGGCUUUGUCAUCGUUACGUUUCAGGAGCAGGGGGAGAAAGAGUAUAAGAACUGUGAGCUGGACAAAAAUCAGCGCCAGUGUGUUGAAUACGCCUUGAAAGCGCGUCCCUUGCGGAGAUACAUCCCCAAAAGCCCCUACCAGUACAAGUUCUGGUACGUGGUGAACUCUUCGCCUUUCGAAUACAUGAUGUUUGUCCUCAUCAUGCUCAACACUCUCUGCUUGGCCAUGCAGCACUAUGAGCAGUCCAAGAUGUUCAAUGACGCCAUGGACAUUCUGAACAUGGUCUUCACUGGGGUGUUCACCGUUGAAAUGGUUUUGAAAGUCAUUGCGUUUAAGCCUAAGGGGUAUUUUAGUGACGCCUGGAACACGUUUGACUCCCUCAUCGUAAUCGGCAGCAUUAUAGACGUGGCCCUCAGCGAAGCAGACCCAACUGAAAGUGACAAUGUCCCUGUCCCAACUGCUACACCUGGGAACUCGGAAGAGAGCAAUAGAAUCUCCAUCACCUUUUUCCGUCUUUUCCGAGUAAUGCGGUUGGUGAAGCUCCUCAGCAGGGGGGAAGGCAUCCGGACCUUGCUGUGGACUUUUAUUAAGUCUUUCCAGGCCCUUCCAUACGUCGCCCUCCUCAUUGCCAUGCUGUUCUUCAUCUACGCAGUCAUAGGCAUGCAGAUGUUUGGGAAAGUUGCCAUGAGAGAUAAUAACCAGAUCAAUAGGAACAACAACUUCCAGACGUUUCCCCAGGCGGUGCUGCUGCUCUUCAGGUGUGCUACUGGCGAGGCCUGGCAGGAGAUCAUGCUGGCCUGCCUCCCGGGGAAGCUGUGUGACCCCGAGUCAGAUUACAACCCCGGAGAGGAGUACACGUGCGGCAGCAACUUCGCCAUCGUCUAUUUCAUCAGCUUCUACAUGCUCUGCGCAUUUCUGAUCAUCAAUUUAUUUGUGGCUGUUAUCAUGGACAAUUUUGACUAUCUAACCCGGGACUGGUCUAUUCUAGGGCCUCAUCACUUAGAUGAAUUCAAAAGAAUAUGGUCAGAAUAUGACCCUGAGGCAAAGGGAAGGAUAAAACACCUCGACGUGGUCACCCUGCUCCGACGCAUCCAGCCUCCUCUGGGCUUCGGGAAAUUAUGCCCCCACAGAGUGGCGUGUAAGAGGUUAGUUGCCAUGAACAUGCCUCUCAACAGUGAUGGGACAGUCAUGUUUAAUGCGACCCUGUUUGCUUUGGUCCGAACAGCUCUCAAGAUCAAGACUGAAGGGAACCUGGAACAAGCUAAUGAAGAACUUCGAGCUGUGAUCAAGAAAAUCUGGAAAAAAACCAGCAUGAAGCUACUUGACCAAGUGGUCCCUCCUGCUGGUGAUGAUGAGGUAACCGUGGGGAAGUUCUAUGCCACUUUCCUGAUACAGGACUACUUUAGGAAAUUCAAGAAACGGAAAGAACAAGGACUGGUGGGAAAGUACCCUGCGAAGAACACCACCAUUGCCCUACAGGCAGGAUUAAGGACACUGCAUGACAUUGGGCCAGAAAUCCGGCGUGCUAUCUCCUGUGAUUUGCAAGAUGAUGAGCCAGAGGAAACAAAAAGAGAAGAAGAAGAUGUAUUCAAAAGAAAUGGUGCCCUGCUUGGAAACCAUGUCAAUCAUGUUAAUAGUGAUAGGAGAGAUUCCCUUCAGCAGAUCAAUACUACCCACCGUCCCCUGCAUGUCCAAAGGCCUUCAAUUCCACCUGCAAGUGAUACUGAGAAACCGCUGUUUCCUCCAGCAGGAAAUUCGGUGUGUCAUAACCAUCAUAACCAUAAUUCCAUAGGAAAGCAAGUUCCCACCUCAACAAAUGCCAAUCUCAAUAAUGCCAAUAUGUCUAAAGCUGCCCAUGGAAAGCGACCCAGCAUUGGGAACCUUGAGCAUGUGUCUGAAAAUGGGCAUCAUUCCUCCCACAAGCAUGACCGGGAGCCUCAAAGAUGGUCCAGUAUUAAAAGAACGCGCUAUUAUGAAACGUACAUUAGGUCCGACUCAGGAGAUGAGCAACUCCCAACGAUUUGCCGAGAAGACCCAGAGAUACACGGCUACUUCAGGGACUCCCGCUGCUUAGGGGAGCAGGAGUACUUCAGUAGUGAAGAGUGCUACGAGGAAGACAGCUCUCCCACCUGGAGCAGGCAAAACUACAGCUACUACAACAGGUAUCCAGGCAGCACAACCAUGGACUUCGAGAGGCCCCGCGGCUACCAUCACCCGCAAGGCUACCUGGAUGGCGAGGACUCCCCUAUUAGCUAUGAUUCUCGGAGAUCUCCCAGGAGACGCCUACUACCUCCCACCCCUCCAUCCCACCGGAGGUCCUCCUUCAACUUCGAGUGUCUGCGCCGGCAGAGCAGCCAGGAGGAGACCCCACCGUCCCCCACCCUGCCACACCACACCGCCCUGCCCCUGCAUCUGAUGCAGCAGCAGAUCAUGGCGGUCGCAGGCCUCGAUUCAAGUAAAGCCCCAAAGUACUCGCCGAGCCACUCAACCCGGUCGUGGGCCACCCCUCCAGCCACCCCUCCGUAUCGGGACUGGACACCGUGCUAUACCCCUCUGAUCCAGGUGGAGCGGUCAGAGUCCUUGGACCAGGUCAAUGGCAGCCUGCCAUCCCUGCACCGCAGCUCCUGGUACACGGACGAACCUGACAUCUCCUAUCGGACUUUCACACCAGCCAGCCUGACUGUCCCCAGCAGCUACCGUAACAAAAACAGUGACAAACAGAGGAGUGCAGACAGCUUGGUAGAGGCAGUCCUGAUAUCCGAAGGCUUAGGACGCUAUGCAAGGGACCCCAAAUUUGUGUCAGCGACCAAACAUGAAAUCGCUGAUGCCUGUGACCUAACCAUUGAUGAGAUGGAGAGUGCAGCCAGCACCCUGCUCAACGGGAGCACGUGUCCUCGAGCCAACGGGGACCUGGGCCUUGUCUCUCCCCAGCAGGACUACGAGCUCCAGGACUUUGGGCCUGGCUACAGCGAUGAGGAGCCGGACCCUGGGAGGGAUGAGGAGGACCUGGCCGAUGAAAUGAUCUGUAUUACCACCUUGUAGCCCCAUCAAGGGGCAGACUGGCUCUGGCCUCAGGUGGGGCGCCGGAGGGCCAGGGAUAAAGUGCCUCAUAGUUAGGAAAGUUUAGGCACUAGUUGGGAGAAAAAUAUUCAAUUAGACUUCUGUACAAGUGAUGUCAUGCCUCAAGGAAGCCAUAAACCUGGUAGGAGCAGGUUCCAGGCAGCUGCGCCAGGCAGGGCACUGUGCACUCAGCCUGGCUGCAGCAGACUGCAGGUCCAGGCCUCGAGACAGGAUGAGAUCAGACCAGCCCCACUCGACACACAGACGGGUACCAUGCCCAGGGCACCCACCCAUGCCUGCCCAGAGGCACGGUGGGGGAAGAUUAAAGGUGAUGACGAUCACCACACCCGUGUCAUUACCUCAGCCGCUGGUCUAGCCUAUCAGCAUAUCCAUUUUUAAACCCCUUUCCCAAAACACACUGCUUCCUGGUUCCGGUUCUGCUCUUCUGCAGCAGCCAAGUGUGUCAGAACCCCGCCACCACCUGCGGUCAUCAUGAGAGAGGCGUGGGACCUGACAGAUAAGGUUUUCUGUUACGUGGCACCAGUUUACGUGAGAGAAUGUCACUCCCACGGGAUUGGUCAGUCCUGACUGUCGUGCAGAAGGGCAAAUAUAAACUGGAAAAAUAAUGCACUUGCAACCAGGUAAACUUAGAUAUGCUAGUUUAAAAAUUAGAGAUUUACUAACUGUACAUGACUUGUAAUAUACAAUUUGUAUUUGUAAAGAGAUGGUCUAUAUUUUGUAAUUAUCGUACCGUAUUUGAACUGCAGCAAUAUCCAUGGGUCCUAACAAUUGUAGAUCCCCACUGAAAUCUAGAAAUGAUUAGUAUUUUUGCGGGGGCUAUACGAAGUAGAAGAAAUAGAGGCAGUUCUCAUUCAGUGAAAAUCCUCUGGGGGUAAAAUUUUGAGUUCGAAAGAACUUGACAUUACAGAAAUUUUUCUAAAAUAUUUUGAGUCACUAUAAACUUAUCUUUACAUAAGAUAUCCAAGAAAACUCUUUGCAGUCUUUUCUUUGGGCAGGAGUUCUGAUUUUGAUAUUGUACCUUUUAUCCACCAUGGGUUGCAAAUGUCUUUUGUUUGGCUUUUUUAGUAACCAUCCAGUAAGUUAGUUUACAGAGUAGGUCAAGCUGGCGACUCGCCCCUGGGUCACCCUUAGGUCUGGUUUCCCCCAGCUGCCCACACCAGCUGUUUUCUGCGUCUCUGCCGUGGAAAUAACUGCACCGAUGAACACAGCGCAUGCGUGCCUGUGCCCAGGCCCUGCUCGUGCCGUUUGUCUUAAUAAGGGGAUCGGGGCAGGGAACGGAAGGAGCGCCGCGGUGACCUAUGGGGUCGGAAUGUUGGGGUCUGCACAGAUCGUACUGUGGCCUUUUACACAUCAUUGUUGUGCUCUGUGUUCUAUUUGAGGGCUUUUAUAUGCAACUGAAAGAGGGCUGACGUCUUGAUGAGAAUGCACUCACUCCAGCUGUAUGUCUCGGGCAAACCCACUUUGGGAUCCUUACAACUGUCAAGGUUCCUUGCUGUUAACAGUCAUGCUGCCUCCGUCAUGUUACCUUGGCAGGGAUCCGCUGCAAUCGAAAAGACAGGUAGCAAUUUUGGUUCUGAAUUUUUAACUAAUACACAGACAACCUGUCAAUUUUUUUCUUUUCUUUUUUUUUUCUUUUUUUUUUUUUUUUUGUAAAUAAUGACACUUUGUUAUAAAGACCUCACAAACCUCUUCGUAAGACAUUCUUAAAUCCAGAUCCAGGCAAAAACACUUCAAGGUUUGUAAAUGACUAUUUCCUGACAUAAAGCCUUUUUUAUUAAAAUGAAAAAUGUUCUUGAGAAUAAAACUGUGUAAUUUCAUUGUAUCUGGGAGCUCUCGUUGCACAGGGCUGGCUCCGCCAGUGAGAGCUUCGGAGGAGCAGGUGCUCCCGAGGGCAGCUCUGGAAUCAGGUAGCUUUGUCUCGUCCUCGGGCUCCCUCCACGCCAGAGGUAACCUAGUGCCAGCUGCAGAGAGCACCACUUCUCCUAAAGGGCUAAACCACUGUCACCAUUUUCUUAGACGACGUGUCUGUUGGGUCUUGGUCUUACUGUGUAGCAGGCCAGAGUCGCCGUCCCAGGACUGUGUGUUCUAGAACAGGUGACGCCCUCAUCCCACACCAGUGAAGGCUGGCGUUUUACAGGCUGUGCCACUUGCCAGUGUCUGUCUGCUUUCAGCCUGGUUCAGUCUCUCGUCUAAUAUUAAAUUUGUCUUUGUAAGAAAAAUUCAAAGUUGUAGAGUAUGGUUCUUUCCCUUUGUCUUAGGGAAGUUUCAGGGUUAAAUAGCUCUUACUUUUUUGGUUUACCCUUUCCCCCUGCAAAAUAAUUCUGUGUCCAUAGGAGUAGAAGCAAUUUCCGUAAAAUACCUUUAAUAACAACAUAGAGUAAAAAAAUGGCUGUGACUUAACUGUCCAUGAACAGGAAAGACCUAGUUAAGAACCGACACUGCUCAGGGUGUGGAUGUCCACUCAGACACGUGGCACAUCCCAGCUCUUGUGUACGUAGGACCUGGUGCAGGCUGGAGGGGUGGGGUUGGGGGGGCAGCAGAAACAUCCGGGAACUUGGUAUGGGCACUGCCUGCCAAGCAAGAUGGUAGCUGGAAGAGCCCGCUGGAUUGUGAUUUCGCUCUAGAACGCAGUCUGAAUAGUUCAUCUCACAUGAUGUAUUUCUUACAGUCUGAAAUGUCCUUGCAACUGCAUUUUUCACAGGUUUUUGCUUCCAGGAUGGACAGCUGACUUUUUUGUAAAAAUGAGUUAGACUCUGUGCUGAUAUUUCGCACGAAAUGUGCCCCAACUCCUUUGCUGGUAGCCCAAUCAAAAGCUGACUCUGUUCAGCUUUCAUUUGUUUGAAAGUUGUUUCUCCUCCUCUCUUGGGGAGAGAAUAAGGCCCAGACCUGGGCCUAGCUCCCAACAUCAGGACAGAAUUAGGAGGGUGAUCUGAAGACAUCUUGGGGGUGCAUGUGGGUUGUUUUCUUCUGAUUUUUAAGAGAAAGAAAUCUGUGUAACAGAUCUGACAUCAUGUUAUUUUGUCAAUGGAAAUAUG